UCCCAACAACAACAACAAGAGAAAAGGCUUUUGGGUUUCAAAAAGUGCUUUCUUUAUGGCUUAACUAUAAAGGUGACUCCUCUUCGUCUGCUCUGUUUAUUUCUCUCCAAAGUAGCUUCUACUUGUCUGUUCAUUAUCCCAAAUCAAUUUUUAACUUGUAAAUUGAUUCCUAAUCCCAAUUCUUUAGCAACAAAGAUCCAAUGGCAAUGGCACCAGUAGUGAAGCUGGUCCUAGGCUCCAUAGCCUUCGCAAUCUUCUGGAUAUUAGCUGUCUUCCCAUCAGUCCCUUUCCUCCCAAUCGGUCGAACAGCCGGCUCCCUCUUCGGCGCCAUGCUCAUGGUCAUCUUCCAAGUCAUCACCCCGGACCAAGCCUACGCAGCCAUCGACCUCCCCAUCCUCGGCCUCCUCUUCGGAACCAUGGUCGUCAGCAUCUACCUCGAGAGAGCCGACAUGUUCAAGUACUUGGGUACGCUCCUCUCUUGGAAAAGCAGAGGAGCCAAAGACUUGCUCUGCCGCGUCUGUCUCGUCUCCGCCGUCUCCAGCGCUCUCUUCACCAACGACACUUGCUGCGUUGUGCUGACCGAGUUCGUGCUGAAGAUCGCUAGGCAGAAGAACCUCCCUCCUCACCCCUUUCUGCUCGCUUUAGCCACGAGUGCUAAUAUUGGCUCUUCCGCGACUCCUAUUGGUAACCCUCAGAAUCUUGUUAUUGCUGUUCAGAGCAGGAUCUCGUUCUGGGAGUUUCUUCUUGGAGUCUUUCCCGCUAUGAUCGUUGGGAUCACUGUUAACGCUGCGAUGCUUCUCGCUAUGUACUGGCGGUUGUUGUCUGAUCGUAAAGAAGAGGAGGAGGAGAAUGAAGUUUCUGAAGUUGUUGAAGAAGAAGAUGUCACGUCCCAUCGGUUUUCUCCAGCUACGUUACCGCAUCUCAGCUCUUUCAGAUCGGAGGAAACUAACGUGAGAACGGAUCCCGAGACGCUCAGGAACAGAGGAGCUUCCUCUGGUGAGAGCAUUGCGUCUAGAGACCACCAAGCUGACGCUGAGUCACAAGGAGAGAGCUAUCCUAUUCCUACCACCAACAACGAUGUGUUGGUGUUUCGAACCAAGAGAUGGAGAAGAGUUUUGUGGAAAUCGAGUGUUUAUUUAAUUACGCUUGGGAUGCUUGUAUCUCUGCUUAUGGGGUUGAACAUGUCGUGGACUGCGAUUACCGCGGCUUUAGCUCUUGUUGUUCUUGAUUUUAAAGAUGCAAGGCCGUCUCUGGAGAAAGUAUCUUAUUCGCUUUUGAUAUUCUUCUGUGGGAUGUUUAUAACUGUCGAUGGAUUUAAUAAAACUGGUAUCCCUACGGCUCUGUGGGAUCUCAUGGAGCCGUACGCGAAUAUAGGGGAAGUUAAAGGAACCGUGGUUCUAGCAGUUGUGAUUCUUGUCCUCUCCAAUGUAGCCUCCAAUGUACCAACCGUGCUAUUGUUGGGAGCAAGAGUAGCGGCAUCAGCGGCGGCAGGGGGGGAGGAGAAGAAGGCGUGGUUGUUGCUGGCGUGGGUGAGCACGGUGGCUGGAAACUUGACGUUGCUUGGUUCAGCGGCUAACUUGAUAGUGUGUGAGCAAGCUCGCAGAGCAGUGAGCCAAGGAUACACUCUCACUUUCACUAAACACAUCAAGUUUGGUUUACCUUCAACGCUCAUCGUUACGGCCAUUGGUCUCUUCCUUAUCAAGUAAACCGUAACUCACUUUGUACAUGCUUUAUGUUUUUUUUUUACACUUUUUGUAUUUCAAUUAUGCAUAGGAUCCAUAUUUGUAUCUUUAAAAAUAAAUCAAACAAAUAGUUAUUGCAA